UAACGUUACGUGUGGUCGCAUGCAAUCUACGCAGUAAAUAAACGGAACGCGUAGUUCAAUCUGGACAUGGCGGCGCUAUUAAGAGGACUAAAAGCUGGGAGGGCUUUGCGAAGUCUGGCCAGUGUGGUAGUGCAGGCAGCAGCCAAUCCUCAGAGCAGCAACAUCAGACGAGGCUUCCAUCGCGCUGCCCUGCUGCGGGUGCAUGAUGAAUCCAAAGAUCCUGCAUCUGCCUCCUCAUCUACUCCCCACCAUGAGCACUACCAGACCCACUCAUCAACUGCAGACGAGGGGACGUCAACUUCCACACAUGAGGCAUCUGCAGGUGGUGCUGCUACAGGGCAAGAGGACCCCCAAGGUAACACAAGCUACCAGGAUCAGAGUGGGGAGCAAAAUGAGGACUAUGAGACUGAAGAGCAGCUGGCAGAGCGUAUCCUGACGGCAGCUCUAGACUUUGUCCCGCAGCACGGUUGGACGGUUGAGGCUAUUGCAGCUGGAGCAGAGACUUUGGGUUUGUCCUCUGCCUCUACCGGAAUGUUCAUUAAUGGAGCAGGAGACCUGGUGCUUCACUUUGUCGGCCAGUGUAACACUCAGCUCACAGAGAUCCUGGCCGAACAGCACAAGCACGUCCAGCUUGGUCAAGCUGAACAAAAGAAAACUGCAGAGUUUUUGCGAGAUGCGGUUGAGACACGGUUGAGGAUGCACAUCCCUUACAUCGAUACAUGGCCACAGGCUAUGAGCAUCCUGAUUCUCCCACAUAACAUCCCACACAGUCUAAAGCAUCUGUCCACACUAAUAGAUGACAUCUGGUACUAUGCAGGUGAUCGUUCCACAGAUAUGAACUGGUAUACCAAACGGGCAGCCCUGACUGGGAUCUAUAAUACCACAGAGCUGGUGAUGUUGCAAGACUCUUCUCCCGACUUCCAGGACACUUGGACUUUCCUUGACAACCGUAUCCAGGAUGUAGUCAACAUGGCUAGUACAGCAAAACAGGUGCAGUCCACUGGUGAGGCAGUGGCACAGGGACUUAUGGGAGCUGCAGUUACACUGAAAAACAUCACAGGGCUUAACCAGAGAAGAUGAAGUUGUAUAUGCCAGCGUCACCUUCACAGCUCUCCCAACCUCUCCCCACCAAGAGUGUGUGCUCAAUGCCCAAGCACCCAAUGAUUUUCGUCACUUUACUUGAACGCAACCUUAAUGCAGGGGAUGAUGUGCUUUGCAUUUUUCUUGCCCGUUAAGACACUGUAAAAGAAAGUUGCUGUGCCAACUGGUCUAUAUUCCAGCAGGGUUUCAGCUGUUAUUGUCUACAUCAAAUCCCCCCAACCUCCACCUUCCCUUUCCCAGACCCAAUAAUCUUUUCCAUUGUAUUACUGUAAAGUUAAAAACAAAACAAAAAUAAAUUAAGUGAAUUAGCAUCAGCCUUUGUUGGGAGUUCUUCAAUAAAAUUGACUUGUAUA